AAGCCCUGGAGGAACAUCCAGUGGACAGCUGAGAAAAGGAGGCAGCUGAUUACAACCAUCCAGGACUACAAACCUGACAUCAAAACGGUGACUCAGGUCCGUGUGUUGUUGGUGGGGGCUGUUGGAGCCGGCAAGUCCAGCUUUUUCAACUCCAUUAACUCAGYUUUUCGAGGCAACAUGACCAGCCAGGCCAUCACUGGAACAGCAGGAACGAGUGUGACCUCUCAAUUCCGCACUUACACCAUCAAGGCAGGGAGAGGAGGUGGAACCAUUCCCCUGGUACUCUGCGACACAAUGGGACUGGAGGAAAACCCUGAUGCUGGUUUGAAUAUAGAUGACGUUGUCAGCAUCUGUAAAGGUCACGUCAAGGAUCGCUACCAGUUUGGCACAUAUUCAAUUAUGGAAGAUACUCCUGGCUACAGGAAACAUGUGACUCUGAAUGACAAGAUUCACUGCCUGGCYUAUGUAGUCGACACCUGCAAGGUGUCUCUUCUCAGCUCAAAUAUGCUGAACAAGUUCACUGCCAUCCGGAAAAAGGCCAAUCAGCUGGGAAUUCCUCAGAUUAUCUUGAUGACUAAAGUAGAUGAAGCCUGUCCACAUGUGUCAGAAGACUUAAAGAAUGUGUAUCAAAGUGUUUACGUCCAAAAGAAGGCCCGUCAGUUGAGCGAGUCUCUGGGCAUCCCUUUGUCUUACGUGCUGCCUGUGAAAAACUACUGUGAGGAGUUGGAGCUGGACCAGACCACUGACAUACUGCUCUCCAUGGCCUUGGAGCAAAUGCUCAACUAUGCAGACAGCUUUUUCGAAAAUCAAGUUCAAGAUGAUGAAGACGAGGAGCUGAACAGAUCUAAUGAUCGUCCCGCCAGAGUUGUGCCAAAAAACAAUGAACAAGUUGUUUAG